UCGUCCGAACACGCAUGUGACCGUCAUUUUAAAAAUUAAUCAUCGUGAUUUUUUUAUUUUUUCUCUGCGCCGCGCGCCUAUAAAACCCUCACGCGAGUACGUGCAUCACUCGCGCGCGCGCGCACACGCUUGUUACACUGUUUCAGCGGCGUUGUGAAAGGACGCACGACGGCCUAACGCAGCUCAACGCGAGCUUAUCGCGAGGCCUUAGUUCGGGUGUUGUGCCGCGAAACGCUGUUUACCAAACACGCCAAACCGUUUCCUCCGCACGGACAACGGCACUCGUCGUGUACGCGCGCGCCAGCCGGUACGAUUUCGACCAGCGUAACGCCUUCUGUUUUCACGGUUUCCGACCGAUUAUCGAGGUGCUACGGGUACGGGUCGUAACCCGUUUCCAAUACCACCGGUUAAGUAAUAUAUAGAUAAUAGAUAGUUACACGUAGUAUAGGUACCAUGGCUGCUGGUGCCGCUUCAGCGUUAGGUAGUAGCGCGUCGCCGAGGUCCGCGGCGGCGAUGAUAUUAUUGGCGUUGGCGUUGACGGGCCCGCGGUUCGCGCAGGGAGCCAGGAUUCUGGUCGUGGAGUCGAUCGCGGCCAAGAGCCAUUGGAACGUCAUGAGGGCCGUGAUCCGGGUGCUCACCGAACACGGCCACGAGGUCACGGCGUUCACCCCGUUCCCGGACGGCGACCGGCAGAACUACACCGAAGUGGACCUGUCCGGCGAGUUACCCGUAAAGAUUGCCAUGGACGUGUCGGACAUCCUAGACAUGUUCGUCGAUCUCUCGUCGCUACUGCCGUUCGCCGUGGACAUGAGCCGCUCGCUGUGCGACAUCAUUUACGACAACGACCGCAUGAAAGACGUGCUGUCCGCGCGGCCGGACGACCGUUUCGACCUCAUCAUCAUCGAGCCGCUGGCCUCGGACUGCGUGUCGUACGUCGCGUCCAAGUUGCGCGUGCCCCUCAUCUACGUGGUCCCGUCGCCGAUGAUCACUUACAUGGAACGCUCGUUCCUCGGCCACGUGCCCAACCCGGCCGUGGUGUCCAACUAUUUGGCCCGCCACGCUGUCCCCGGCACGUUCGUCCAGCGGUUCGGCAACGUCGUCCUGUUGGCGUACAGCGUGUUCACGGUCUGGUACGUCGAGUGGAAGCUGAAACGUUCCGCGCCGAAGUUCUACGACGCCGCCGCGCCCGUCCAACCGUCCGCCGUAUUCGUCAACAGCCAUUUCGUCUCCGAAGCUGCGAGGCCCAUGCCGCCGAAUGUGGUGCAGGUCGGCGGCUUGCAUCUGGAACAGCCCAAGGGCAUACCGAGCGAUGUGUUAAAAUUCAUCGAGGAAUCGCCCAAUGGAGUAAUUUACUUUACUUUUGGUUCAGUCGUCAAAAUGUCAACGAUGCCGGAUAACGUUCAAAAAGCUUUUAAAGAAGCGCUAGCUCAAGUUCCCCAAAGAAUUUUAUGGAAAUUCGAAGGUAUCAUGGAUGAUAUACCAAAAAAUGUGAUGAUUAAAAGUUGGUUCCCUCAACGUGAUAUACUUUUGCAUCCCAACAUAAAAUUAUUCAUCAGUCACGGAGGUAUAUCUGGAAUCUACGAAACUGUAGAUGCCGGCGUUCCAGUCCUCGGAUUUCCUUUAUUUUAUGAUCAGCAUAGAAAUAUUGCUAACUUAGUAGAUGCUGGAAUGGCGAUAUCGAUGGACUUAUUAUCUGUAACAAAAGACACAUUUUUAAAUUCUAUUUUAGAACUGAUCAAUAACGAAAAGUACAUGAAAAAUGCUAAAACUACUUCUUGGCGAUUCAAGGAUCGACCAAUGUCACCAGAAAAGUCAAUUGCUUACUGGACCGACUACAUUCACCGUCACAAUGGAGCGGAACAUUUGAAAUCAAAUGCUCUGAACCUGUCAUGGUACCAAUACUUUCUUUUGGACGUCAUUUUUGUGAUGUUGAUUUUAAUUUGUAUUAUUUUAUUUAUAAGUUACACUAUUUUAAAAUUAAUUUAUCAAUACAGUUUGAGAUGUUUACGACAUUUUAAAGAAAAAUCUGAAUAA